AUGCAGCCAUCUAUACGUCUUCGUUCCCUCUGGAUACGCACUCGACAGAGAAUCAUACGGUCUGGAAACUCUGCAUGGCUGUUCAAAAAGACAGUUAUUCGUUGCGCCGGCGCCGUUCUCGCUCUCAUAUCACUUGCCUGCUUCGCAGCAGCUAUCGAGCCGUGGAAUCGGACGUUUGAGCACACGUCUGGCCCUGUUAGAGGGGACUGGCAGGAUGGGAUUUCCAUUGCACCGCUGGCUUUGGCAAUUCUCCACAACAGCUACACGGCAGUUUACACAGCUUACACAGCACGGAAGAUCCCUUGUUCUGUUGAAUUGGUAAUGGACUUUUUGAUCUGGGCGGCUCUCCUUCCAGGUCUGAUAUUCUCAAUCUGGGGAGGCACAUUCAACGUAUGGCGUGGCGAACAGGGUCAACUGGCAAUGACCCUCUGCGAAUCUGGCAUGAAUGCUGAGACUUGGAGUCGAGAGUGCUUUAUGGAGCUGUACCAUAUCGGUUCAUUGGAGUUGGCAGGCAUCGUCUUUGCUAUUCCGCUAUGGGCCAUGCAUGUCUUUUUGUUCGCGCACAGAAUCACUGAGGCACGUUCUCAACGGCGACAUCGCAGACAGCGUCCUUGGGCGAGCAUCAAGGAGAUAGAGCAAGGCGACACAGAGGCGUAUCCUCGAAUGCCUCGUCGGCCUCCACAAUCAUAUGCCUCGCCAGAGAGACUAGCGUCGUCCAAUCCCACAUAUUACCAGUAUAGAUCUGCUUUCAACUGA